UGGCUAUGAUUUAGCCUAUUGGAUGACUUACAGUAGCCUCCAAAGGUCGGAUCACUCUAUGUAAACUUUGUAAAUAGUCUAGUCUAGAUCGAUCAAUGCUACCUCGUGAACGGACGUUAUGCAAUGUUAAGAUAAUUUCCUCAGCUUACUUUCGCCUCAUAUCACUGACGAUGGCGAGCCCUACUACGAGUGACAACAUCACAUAGGUAUAUAACAAUGUACUUACAGUGGUCUCAAAAGCCCCAGUUAAAUCCGCAAAGCACAAGGUGUCAACACUACUGAGAGGGCAAGAUGAGACAUCACGAGUUUAUCCUUGCUCUUACGAGCCUCUUCACUAUCUCCGUCUCGUCGAUAGAAUACCGACGGUCCCAUGGUGACCUAGAGCCUCUAGAGCCAUGGCAGGUAACAAGAUUAAACACAUUCUCUCCCUCAGGGCGCCCAGGUAGCGACACACUCGCCCACCUAUGGGCCAAUAUCACGAACCCUAACUCCGUUCCCGCCGGGCCUGGGACCACCUUCGACGCCAGCAGCGCGAACUGCACGGUGGACUGGACUUACGGAGGCGAAAACCCGUACGGUCGUGUAUUUGAGUGUGACACAGAGGACGCUCAGUCAUCAUCCUCAUCCUCCGUCUCGAAGUGGGAAAUCGAGGUUCUAGAGGCGAAUAGUACUUCGCCGUCGGCCACCACGAACAUGGAUGUCAAGUUUAUGCUCACGGUCAACUUGACGGUCGACGGAGAUGAUUAUUACAAGGUCUUGGUCGGAACGCAGCAUUUUCAGCUCGGGGAAAAUAUGGAAGGGACAUGUGGCGGGAGUGGUGUGUGUUCGUGGAGUUUGAAGAGCGAUAGUGUUCCAGUAUUGGUUCAGCCUACAAUUGUGGCCUGUGAAGGGACAUGCUGACUUCCUGUAACCCGCGAGUGAGAUUCAUAAGAUGGUGUUAGGUUGAUUGGAUCUUGUGUACUACAGUCGCAUAUAUCAUUGAUGUGUGUUCCGAAGAAUCCUUUCAAGAAAUCUAUAUUUCAGUAACACCACAUCUAUAUCCCAUAAAUAUACAAGAGCAAACGAGGUUGCACCGCUUCUUGGUCAUCCUAAAUCCGCUCGUAGUACACAGCUUCCCAAGUCCAUUCCGAUGAAAGUCCCGAGGUUGAGCUCGGCGCUGGACUUCUCCAAUGGGUAUUCAUAUCUAUAUAUAAAGUAGAGGCUAUCCUAUGUCCCACUGCACAAUC